AUGGUGCCAUCCCAGCCGGCCGUCAAGCGGUCUUUCUCAACAUUCUCUGAACAGACGGCCGCGCCUGAUGCCAAGCGCAUCAAGCGCCCCUACCAUCACCACCAUCGUUUGCGUGAACCUGUUACCUCGAGCUUGCCGGAGCCUGCUAUUGCCGAUGACGCCCAUAUCGACCAGAUCAUGGGUCGUGUUAUAGGACAGUCACUACGAAGUUGUGGCUUCGAGAUUGCCGAUCCACUGGCGGUUGAAAGUUUUCGCGACGCAGCAGAGGAGUAUCUUCUGCGGCUUGCAUCAUACGUGCGCACAUCUAUGUUAUCAUGUCGACGCCUCCAGCCUGUUCCCCACGAUUUCGAAUACGCUCUGAAGCGCCAUCGUUUACCCGUCAACUCCCUUAUCCCGCAUCUACAACCUCACCCGAAGGUCGAACCAGUUCCCACCCAGCUACCCAGUCCUCCGCCGGAAGAAGACGAUGAUUUUAAGAUCCUGCCUUCUCUUGAACCACUGGAGUUAAGUGGCGAGGAUGACCGCGCCAGAAGCUCGUACAUCCCAAAGCAUUUCCCAGAGUUUCCAAGCAAGCAUACAUACCGCCACACGCCAGUCUACACCGAGCGAGAACAAGAUCCACGUAAGAUCCGUGAGCGAGCAGCGGAUGAUGGCCGACACGGGGAGGAAGCGCUGCGAAAGCUCGCUCGAGCGGCGUUCAAGGAUAAUCAGCCUGGAUCCGGCGGCCGCGAUGAGAAACAAUGGGCUCAGAAGGCUGAGAGUUUCGAGAGCAUGUUUGAGAAAACAGUCACGAGCUUGUCGGAAAAGGCACCAAAUAAUGUCCCCGCGGGCAGUUCCAAUGCAAUGGAGAUCGAUUUUGGUCACGCCGCGGAAACUGAAGGAGAGCAAGGUACAUCCAGAGGCUUGGCUGGCUUGGAACUACCCCCCAUCAUCAAUUGCGAACGUGAUUUCUGGCGGCGCAACGCGGCGUCGGGGAGACAAAGACCGGAAGAGAAAGCAGGCUCGAAGCACAAUCCAGAAGUAUCAAAGGUUGAGAAUUGGAUGGACACAUAA